AUGGAGAGAAAAGACCAUGCGCAGGAGGAAUCAAUGGGUCGAGCAAAAUAUACCGCGCUGGACCAUGGAGGGUUAGAAGUUCUGCCGCCGAGCGAGGCACCUGAAGUUGCGCACGACGAACUCUGGCGGAGACAAUUUGCCAAAGACAGGAAGUCCUCUCUGUUGGUCCCUGAAGCGCUGCACGCGAAACCGGCUUAUGGCGAUGAUGGCAAGGAGAUGUCUCGAGACGAGGAGGGGCUUCAGCAUAUCAACAGGCAGGAAUAUGAGGGGAUGCAGUACGAUGGACCGCUCGACCAGGGCUACGGGAUGCAAAAUGGGAAGGCUGUUGGGGUAUCAGAAGAGGAGGUUGAUUCUGGAAGGAGGCGAAGAAGAUACUGGGGGAUGAGCAGACGGAUGCUGAUCAUCCUCAUCGCUGCGAUCGUUCUGAUAGUAGUGGUUGGCGCAGUUCUGGGUGGUGUGCUGGGGACUCUGCUGAACAAGAAGAAGUCAUCUUCAGAUGGCGCCUCGAAUGCUCCUCUCCCAACCAUGCCGAACACAGGCCUAGCCACUACGAUCUCGUCAUCAGACCCUGAAUUACUACUCACCUACUUUCAAGACCCUUCCGGCCGCAUACUGGAGAAUUCCUACAAGUCCUCCACCUGGUCACUCUCCGAACACUCCCAGAUCAAUUCUUCAGUCGUCACCACCGCCGCCACCCCCGGCUCGCCCCUUGCUGCGAUCUCGUAUGACUACGACAAUCAACACUACCGCCAAAUCUUCUUCGUGACCGACACCGGCAACAUCAUGACCACGAACAGCACCGAGAACAUUUCGGACACAUCAACCGCAACAUCCUGGAGCGCAGCACACGUCAUUCACCGCGAUACCGUAGCGCCGAAUAGCAUUGGGCUUGCGGCUUGCGCGAGCGAAGAGCUGAUGAACGGCAUUCGUGUCUUCUACCCCUCCCAGUACGGAUACGUCCAAAUGCUGAGAUACGACUUCGGCGGCAAUGGGAGCUGGUGGGAGACAGACUUCUGGAACAGAGCCGAUACGAGCUCGGGCAUAGCGUGUGCGGUGAAAGAUGAAGGAUCAGGCAGGAAACUCUUGAAUCUGUACACGCGGAUGAAAGGCUCGGGGGUGGUGAAACAGUUCUGGAAUGAUUUCACUGAUGGCGAGUGGGGCUGGAACGAGAAUAAGACUCCAGAGUCCUGGGCAAACAAGACAAUCGCUGUCGGUUCAGACAUCGCCGUUGCUAGUGACGACAGCCAGACCGAGUACGUGUACUAUCAGCUUGAGGAUGGGAAGGUAACUCGCGGGAUCUUGAAUCCGAAUUUUAACCAUUACGACACAUUUGAGAAUUUCGUCACCGCGGCAGUCGGCACGAAGCUCUCCGCGGCGUUCAUAGACGGCGGCAGCAUGCUGCUCUACCAGAACGCAUCGAGCGACUCAACGAUCAUGCUGGAGAACGUGUCGAGGUACGGAGCGGAGAUUGCGAAGAGUCCUGUUCGCUAG